CAUCGUCUUUAUUUUUCCGAGAAAAAAAAGGGAAUUCUCCCAAUUUUAUUUCCAUAGAUAAUUUCUUCAAUCCAAACACUCCGUGGAAAAAUCUCUUCUCGAUCUGUUCGCCUUAGGGUGCGUGCUUGCUUUGCUUCUGUUCUUUGAUAUCUCUACGGACCUGUUCAUGAUUUUUAUGUAUAUUUCUAUGUGCGUGAUUGGAUCUGGCAGGUUAGAGAGAUCUGAGGAGAGAAGAGAGGAAGGAGGAGAUUAGAGUAUGGCGCAUAGAGUAGAUCAUGAGUAUGACUACCUGUUCAAGAUCGUGCUGAUUGGAGACUCUGGUGUGGGAAAAUCUAAUAUCCUUUCCAGGUUUACCAGAAAUGAAUUCUGCUUGGAAUCCAAAUCCACUAUUGGUGUCGAGUUCGCCACUAGAACUCUCCAGGUGGAUGGAAAGACAGUAAAGGCACAGAUUUGGGAUACAGCAGGUCAGGAGCGGUACCGAGCUAUCACUAGUGCAUAUUAUAGAGGAGCUGUUGGUGCCUUUCUCGUUUAUGACAUAACCAAGAGGCAGACUUUUGACAAUGUUCAAAGGUGGCUGCGUGAACUGAGGGACCAUGCAGACUCUAACAUUGUCAUUAUGAUGGCUGGAAAUAAGUCUGAUUUGAAUCAUUUAAGAGCUGUUGCAGAGGAAGAUGGUCAGAGCUUGGCAGAAAAGGAAGGUCUCUCAUUUCUUGAGACAUCAGCACUGGAAGCAACCAAUGUUGAGAAGGCAUUCCAAACCAUAUUGACAGAGAUCUACCACAUUAUUAGCAAAAAGGCAUUGGCAGCGCAAGAAGCAGCUGGCAAUUCUACACUCCCUGGUCAAGGAACCACUAUUAACGUUGCUGAGACCUCUGGGAAUACAAAGAAGGGUUGCUGCUCUACUUAGUGCCAUAUUUGAGGAAGGAAAGCAUUGCCAGCGAACAGUCUUUUUAUUUUUAAAGUUCUUUAAACAAAUUUCUUUUUCAAUUUUUGGCUGAGGGAGGCAUGUAGAUUACUCGUCUUUUUUACUUAAAAUUGAGUUUGUGAAUUUGAAACAAAAAAAGUCAGUGAUGUUAGAAUUUCAGUA